GCGUGUCAGUUGGUUUCUUGAGCCCCUGCCUUGCAUCUGGCCAAGGCCCUAUAUACUCAUCUGGCAGUGUUUCCCAGUCUCUUGCCGUGCUCUUGCCCAGCCUUACACUUUGCCUGCAACAACCAGGCAACAACGCCCUGGAUUGGGGUGAAUCGGAGUCCAAGGGGCAGGUCUUUCACAUACCCUGUCAGGGGGUAUCUUGGGUCUUGUUGGUUUUGUCAUUCAAAUUAGUUAUUUUGAAGACCCCUGAAUAUUGUGAAACGUCAAGGUACCGAGCGUCUUCAAGAAGUGAUCGGAAACACUAAAGAUCAUGGGUAAAGCCAAGAAAAAGCAGCAAGCCCGUCAGAAGUUUGCUGUCAUGAAGAAGAUGAUUACUCAGCACGACUCAAGAAUCAAGGAUAAGGACCGCACAAAGCGGAAGACCAAGAUUGAUCUGACUAAACCAAAAAUCAGCAAAACUCCCCAGAUGUCGACUGCAAUGUUCUUUGAGUACAACACUCAACUAGGCCCACCCUAUCAUGUGCUGCUCGACACAAACUUCAUCAACUUUUCCAUCAAGAACAAGCUGGAUAUUGUUCAGGGAAUGAUGGAUUGCAUGUACGCCAAGUGCAUUCCAUACCUCACGGAUUGUGUUCUUGCUGAACUUGAAAAGUUGGGACAGAAGUACCGCCUUGCAAUGAAGAUUGUCAAGGAUCCUCGGAUUGAGCGGCUGCCCUGCAUUCACAAGGGAACAUAUGCAGAUGACUGCCUAGUGAACAGAGUGACACAGCACAAGUGUUAUAUAGUGGCCACCUGUGACAAAGACCUUAAGAGGAGAAUCAGAAAGAUCCCAGGAGUGCCAAUCAUGUUCAUCACUCAGCACAAGUACACAGUGGAACAAAUGCCAGAUGCAUAUGGCGCUCCAAAGUAGUGCUAAGGCUCAACUGGUGCACAAUGUGCCAAGGGUUGAGGACAGUGGUAUUUUUGUGUACUUGCAACUUGUGGACAUCAAGUUUGUGCUUGUGAUCAAGCCCGCCUGAGCACAACAUUGGUUGUUUUCUUUGAAGGGGAGAAAGUCCUGUCCACUGUCAUUGAAGACGUGUUUAAAUAUAUCAACUGCGGCAUA